AUAUUCUCCGCUCUCUACGAAUUAACCCCUGUUGGUCAGUGGACCGAAUUACUCUAUCGUCUAUCCGAAAGCUAUGUGGAUAUGCUUGCGUUUGCCGUUAUCGGACCAAUCACACAAAUCCUUAUUGUUGAAGAAAUUCCAGGGCGGAAGAACUAUGUGCUGCAAAUUUCGGUGCGUGAUUCGGAAGUAGUUAGUCGUCAUCGUUUAGCAGUAUGUGAACGACCUGGUGCGAUGGCUAGGGAUGAAGCAGGACGUCUUUUUGUUGCAAACCGCUCUACUGCCACUAUCCAACUCGUUGACACUGUACGAUGGUCCUGUGCACGUAAUGUUGCGCUAACAGACUCAAUGGUGCCGCAUUUUUCGGCAUCCUGGGGAUUACUGGCUAUUCCUCUUAAGGGUGCUAUUCGUCUACAUCGAUAUUCAUUUCGCUUUGGACACAAAUAG